AUGUUCCGAAAGUCGACCGCCAUGAGCUCUGACAAAUUUGUGAUCAUGGUCUUGAAGAAGCUCCAGGGGUCACCUGAACAAGACGUCGCCAGGUUUGCCAAUGACAAAACGGGCCGACUGAAGACCCCAGAGGCGGGAUUUGAGAACGUGCCUGAGGACCAGCGCUACUGGCACACUUUACAUCAAAUUACCACAAAGAACCUUUCCAUCAUUGAGAACACAUCCCAGCUAGCCAGCAAGUAUAUCGACUUCCUGGGCGAGGCUUUGGAGAAACAGCCGUUGGGAGAAUGGUCAACGGUUCGGGUAUUUGAGUACCUGAGAAAAGACAUGGCAGAAAGUGCGGUCAAGUCACUCGCCGGCACUAGACUCUUGGAGAUCAACCCGGGAUUCAUCGACCAGUUCUGGAAGUUUGACGGCGUUUCCCACCAGGUCCUUAACGGCCUCCCGCAAUGGAUCAACCCGAAGCCGGCUCGAGAGCGAGACAAGCUCCUCGCGAUGACGGAGAAGUUCCUGAAUCAGGAGUUUGACAAAUUUGAUUGGCAUGGACUGGGCACAGAUACGUAUUGGGAACCGACUUUCGGCUGCGGCUACUCGCGCGAUCUUCAGAAGUGGACUUAUGACCAGAACAUGACGAUGCGAACACGUGCAGGGUUUCUUGCGAUGUCGAUCUUUGCGGUCAAUUCGAACACUGUGCCCGUCACAACGUGGUUCAUCAUGGAACUUCUCAAAGACCCGGGUCUCUUUGACGCAGUCCGUGCCGAGGCCUCUGAGGCGCUGUUGAUUGACCCCCAAACCGGGAAACGAGGAUUUGACUGUCAAAAGCUAAUUUCGUCGCCAUUGCUACAGUCGAUCUACAUCGAGUGCAUGCGGUUACACGUCUCUAUCGGGAUCACCCGGGAGAUCAUGGAAGACACGGUCUUGGACGGCUACCGCUUGAAGAAAGGGUCUCUAAUUCAGGCGCCAACGAACCUUGGGCAUCAGGAUGACGACGUUUGGGCUAGAGAUGGCCAUCCUGCAUCGGAGUUCUGGGCUGAGCGUCAUGUCAGGCACAUCCAGAAAGUUGAUGAAACCACAGGCGAGGUGAAGAUAGAAAAGAUGUUUGUCAUGGCAGGAAAGCAAAGUGACUUCUUUCCGUUUGGUAUGCAAGUCCCAUCUUUGAGAUAUACAGAGUAG